AUGGCUUCGGUAUUAGGGAAACGCAAGGCACCGUCCAGCGCAAAGGCAACUACGUCGGCGACGAAAAAGAGUGGCAAGAUCACGAGCAGGAAACCCGCCGCGACAUCAGUCGCAGCCAAGAAGAAGGCUGUGAAGGAGGACGAGCAGAAGAAGGACGAUUCGGCGAUUGCGGACGCUCAGGAUAUUUUCAGACGGCAUUUCGAGGCCGCGUUUAAGCCUCUUCCUGAGACGAAACGGAAGACCAAGAAGGCCAAGGUCGUGGUCGAGAGUGACGACGACGAGGAUGAGGAAGAGGAGGAAGAAGAUGAAGAUGAUACGGACGGAGAUGAAGAUGAGGACCCGGAUGAGGACGUCGGUGCGGACGGCGAGGAGGCCGGUGAGGAAUGGGAUGGGUUAUCUGGGGACGGCGAAGGAAAGGGUAUGCUGACGAGGGUGAAAAACACAGAGGACGACUCCGGAGAAGACGAGGACGAUACUCCAGUCGUCGAGGUCGUGGAUCACAGCAGCAACAAGCCGCUCCCGGUAUCAAGCAUGAGCAAACGCGAGCUCAAAGCCUUCAUGUCCUCGAAACCCCCCUCCCAAACAGACCCUAAACCAACACCAAUCACACUCCCAGGGGACGCCGGCUCGGACGACGAAAACGACAAGUCAAUGCUCGCAAACGACCUCGCGCUGCAGCGCCUCCUCUCCGAAUCGCACCUGCUAUCGCGACACACGAUAACGCCCUUCUCGAACCCGACGGCCGCCUCAAAGACCUUUUCGGAAGGCAGACUGCGCCAGCGCCAACUGGACCUGCGCGCGCAGAACCUCGCGCCGGGCGUAAAGAGCCUCUUCAAGCAGGAGAAGAUGCCAAUGGCGUUCCGCAAGGGCAUCAACGCCGCCGCCGCAGACAGGGAGACCAAGAGGAGGAGGCAGGCCAAGGAGAACGGCAUCGUGCUCGAGCGCGAGGCGGCGCCCAAGAAGGCCAAGAGGGCCAGGGCCGACAGGGGCGUCGACGGGCCUGCCGUCGGGCGGAUGAAGGGCGCCGAGUUGAAGCUGAGCGAGAGGGAUAUCCGUAGUAUCGAGGGUCCCGGGAGUGGCGGGCGCGGGGGGAUGAGGGGUGGUCGCGGUGGCGGUGGUCGUGGUCGUGGGAGAAGGUGA